UGCGCAGCGGAGCCGGCGGCCGGUGCCGAGCCCCUGGGGACAGCCCGGGGGGGGAUGUAGGGGAGCCCCUGCGGUGCAGCCGGACAGAGGGACCCAGGGACGCUGCGGAGGGGCAGGACAGUGGGGUGUGAGGGGCUCUGCUCUCCCCCCGCCCCAGCCCCGCACAGGCCCCAGCGGGGACCUCGGGGAGACCACCAUGUCCCAGGGCAUCACCUGCUCCAAGGAGACGCUGUUUCGGCAGGCGAGCAGGGUCACCUACCGCAUCCCGGCUUUGCUCUACAUCCCCACCACCAGCACCUUCCUGGCCUUCGCCGAGAAGCGCUCCUCAUCCAGGGACGAGGAUGCCAAGUACCUGGUGCUGCGCCGGGGCCGCUGGCACGGCUCCUCGGUCGAGUGGGGUCCGGUGGAGGAGCUAUCGGCGUUGACGCUGCCCGGCCGCCGCACCAUGAACCCCUGUCCCCUCUACGACGCGACGAGCGACACCGUCUUCCUCUUCUGCAUCUGCGUCGAGCAGGGAAAGACAGAGCGGUGCCAAAUCUGGAGGGGCUGCAGCGCCGCUCGCCUCUGCUACGCCACCAGCACCGACGGCGGCCGCGGCUGGACCCCGCUGCGGGACGUGACGGACGAAGCCAUCGGUGCCGACCUGUCCCGUUGGGCCACCUUUGCCGUGGGGCCGGGCCACGGGAUACGGCUGGAUUCGGGGCGCCUGGUCGUGCCGGCGUAUGCCUACUACGUGCACAGGUGUUUGUUGGGGGUUGUGCCGCUGCCUUGCUACACCCGGCAGCACGCCCUCGUCUUCUACAGCGACAACCACGGCCGCAGCUGGCGCAAGGGUGCCCUGGUCGGCGGCGGGCAGACGGGCGAGUGCCAGGUAGCCGAAAUCGCUGGGAGCGAUGCCCACCAGCGUUUGCUCUACUGCAACGCCCGGGCGUUGCGGGGUUGCCGGGCCGUGGCGUUCAGCGCCGACCGCGGGCUGCGGUUCGAGCGCUCGGCGGAGUGCAAGGCGCUGGGCGAACCGCCGCGGGGAUGCCAGGGCAGCGUGGUGAGCUUCCGCGCGCCGACCGGCGCCAGGGAUGCACCGACUUGGUUACUCUACUCCCAUCCCACCAACCGGCACCGCCGGAGUGAUUUGGGCAUCUAUCUCAACCCCUCGCCGCUGGACGGGGCGAGUUGGUGGCACCCAUGGGUGCUGCACCCAGGGCCGGCCGGUUAUUCUGACCUGGCCGUCUGCCCCGGCGGCGUUUUCGGCUGCUUGUUUGAGUGCGGCAUCACCAGCGCCUGCGAGGAAAUUGUCUUCUGCCUCUUCACCCUGGACACCUCCGAUCUCGGCGAGCAGAACCUCAAGGCCUCCUGAAACGGACCCAUUUUAGGGGGGGGGGGGGGAGGGAGGGCAUCGCUCCUGAACGCCGGCAGCCGGAUCCGGUGAGCACGGCAAUGCCAGGCCCUCACCGGGACGUUUUGGAUGCUCCGGAGGGUCAGCAUCACAUAGUUUUUAUUGAAUUACCGCCUGGCUUUUUAAUCACCCAUCAGAUAGAUGUUGUUGGCGACUUGGGGCGCGGGGGGGUGGAGGAUCUGCCCAGGGGAUGCCGACACGGCACCUGAAAUGCCGCUGCUUCCCCAAAAAUCGGCAUUUUUCACCUGGUAGCGACACAAAAGCAGAAGGUACCACCGAGAGCAGCCGGUCCCCUGGGGAAAAAAUACCCAAGGAUGGUAUUUUAGUUGAAAAUACUGGCAAGUCCUGUGUCCCCCUGUGUGGCAGAGAGGGAAUUCCCCUUUUUUACCAUUUUUUUUUAUCCUGUUUUCUUCACUUUCCAGGUUCAGGCUGAGUUUCGCCCUGUAUUCCCAUGGGAAGCAGCACUCAAAUCUUGGGCGGGAGGGGAGGGUUAAUUCCGCUCCGCAGGGGACAGGUUGUGACAUCCCAACGGUGACAGCGACCUCACCUCCCCCUGCUGCUGCCAAAUAAAAUCCUCCCAAAACGGGUGAAAUCCA